AUCGUCUCCGUCGAAAUCCCGAUUUGCCCCUCCGUGCGUUGUAUAGCGUGCGUGCCGUGGAGUCUAAAGGUCACAUGUUGCCAGUCGACAAACAACAUUUGACUUUUUUUCCGCCUCGAUUCCAAGUUUUGUUUGGUCAAGGACGGAUUGGCAAUUGGCAGAGACUUGGCAGUUAGUCGAAUCGUGUGAUUGGGCAGAGUGUGCGUGCGUGUGUGUGUGUGUCUGGCUGCUGCUGUUUAUCGACUGGCUGAUGAUUAGACUUGGUGUGUGCUGUCGAGGAUUGAAGUGAAUUUUGACAACAUCUGGACAUGCCUCAACUGGCGGAAGUCGGCGUCGUCACGUCAGUGGUGGUCAUGGAUGAGAUGUCGUGGUCGACGGUGGGUGGCCACAAGAUCGGCCACUGGUUCGCCUCGUUGGGUUCCAGGGGACGCGGGCGUCGUAAAGCGGCCGCCGUAGCCGCCGCCGCUGCCGCCGCCAAUUCCGCCAACAACGGCGUCGCCAAUAACAACACCACUCGCAGCUUCACUCUCGGUGUGUUGCACGAGCAUCCGCGAAUUGGCUCCGAUGGCGAAUCGGAAGAAGUUUCCUUGGCCUCGGACCCGGAUGUCACGUCGCCAGUCAAAAUGCGCCAAAAGAAUCGCCGUCUGAGCGAGCAAGACAUUAGCAAGCGUUUGUCGUUACCAGCCGAUCUUCGGAUACCCGAGUCUUUCCUGGCCAAACAAUCGAGCAGCAGUCCCAUCUUCGACGGGCCGUUGACACGGACCAACCGGAGACAGUCCCUCUCUGAGAUCGGCUUCGGCCGCAUGGAGACCUACACAAAACUCGACAAACUUGGAGAGGGAACGUACGCCACCGUCUACAAAGGCAAGUCGCGGCUGACAGACAACCUGGUGGCCCUCAAGGAAAUUCGACUGGAGCACGAGGAAGGCGCCCCCUGCACGGCCAUCCGAGAGGUUUCCCUACUCAAAGACUUGCGCCACGCCAAUAUCGUGACCCUGCACGAUAUUGUGCACACGGAGAAGUCAUUGACGCUCGUCUUUGAAUACCUGGAAAAAGACCUGAAGCAAUACAUGGAUGAUUGCGGCAGUAUUCUCAGCAUGAAUAACGUCAAAAUCUUCCUCUAUCAGCUUCUGAGAGGACUUGCCUACUGUCACCGGCGGCGUAUCCUGCAUCGCGAUCUCAAACCACAAAAUUUGCUCAUCAAUGACAAGGGCGAACUCAAGCUGGCUGAUUUUGGACUGGCUCGAGCUAAAUCCGUGCCGACUAAAACCUAUUCGAACGAAGUAGUGACGUUGUGGUAUCGCCCACCCGACGUCUUGCUGGGAUCCACCGAAUAUUCGACUCCCAUUGACAUGUGGGGAGUCGGGUGUAUCUUCUUUGAAAUGGCGAGUGGCCGGCCCCUCUUCCCCGGUUCAACUGUCGAGGACCAGCUGCAAUUGAUUUUCAGUCUGCUGGGGACACCGACCGAGGAGACGUGGGCGGGCAUUCACGGCAACGAAGAUUUCUUGUCCUACCGCUUUGACCAUUGCGCUCCGCAGUCCCUGAUCCACAGAGCGCCUCGACUGGACGGCGACGGACUCGAUCUUUUGAACAAGUUCCUUUCUUAUGAAGCCAAAAAGCGGAUCUCAGCCCAGGAUGCAAUGCGCCACCCGUACUUUCGAUCCCUGGGAUCGAUGGUGCACAAAAUACCGGACGUCGCUUCGAUUUUCACCUGCCAGGGGAUCCAGUUAACGAGGGAUCCAGGCUACCGGCCAUCCAAUCACGGAAACCAUUCGAAAACACGACGUCAAUCGAUGCUGCUGUAAUGAUGACGAAAAUAAUAAUAAUAACGAGAAGAUAAACUUACACCCAACUUAACGAAAAAACAAAAAAAGGUUUAAAAAAAGACAAAAAAACAAAACAGAUUAGGGAUGGAGAACCCGCAAAAACUCCCAUCUUGAAAUAUGACACUCGUGUUUUCGUGUUAUUCGGCUCGAUCUUCUUACGUUUCAAUUUAUCAUAUUUAAAAAACAAACAGGAAAAAAAAGAAAACCUCCUCCCCCUACACACACACACCGUUGUUCUCACGUUUCCAUUAUUUCGAUCCUUAUUUUUCCCCCCUUCAAUUCUCGUUUUUUGUUAGCGUGUUUAAAAAUCAUGCCAUUCUUUUCCUUCUUAAAAUUCUCCCGAAUUGAUUGAAUUCUUCUUUUUCUGUGAUGCAAUAUCGUCCGACCGUUCCGGUCGUGACUCCUCCCGUCUUUCCUUUUUUGAUUUUUCCGCCCCCCACUCACAUCUGAUUUUUUCUAUAAUCCAAAUAAUGUCCCCCCCCCCCCCCAAUUGAUUUCAUUUCCUCUCCCGUUUCUGGGUGAUGGGCCACCAGUCCCUUCCGUCUCAUUCAGAUGGAACAGAUUUCUUGCAUGGGGUGGGCAAGGGGCCCCUAGACUUAAUGAAGGUUACAUAAUCAAUGGAGUGUAUGGGGUUGUUGCUGAUUUUGCACUUGUUGGCGGAUGCUGCGGAUCGUCUAGCGUCUUGUGUGUGUCUGUGUGUGUGUGUGGUUGUCAAAAACGCGUGUGUGUGUGUGUGUCUGUUGUGUUAUUUGCUCGUUCGGUUCCCGUGCGAGCCCCAUUACAAGAUAACGUGUGUGAUUGUGUAUGUGUGUCGAGUCAAAACUGCCAACCGAGCUGCUCACAAGUCCGUUCCCUCUCUUCCGUACGUGUCACGCAGUCGUGAAAUGUUUCGUCUCAUGUGGAGGAGAUUUGAUACUUACGCGCGCCAGUGGAGGCCAUUUUUUUUUUUAUUAUUAUUUUUUGUUUGUUUAAUUUUUUUUCUUCUUUAAUUUCAUUUUUUUUUCUUUUUGGAAUUGGCAUGAGACUUGAUGACUUGGGUCCGACUUUUGUCUUUUUGAAACUUCCCGCCCUUCCCCCACCCCCGCCCUUCUUUUUUUGUUGACUCUCUCUCUCUCGCGUCUGUUGAUGUGACCUACAAGUAUAUGCAUAUAAAAUAUAAUUAUAUCACGUAUACACGCACGUUACACACGAAUAAUGUGCGGGAGGGUGGUGGUGACGCGCGCGCGGGUGAGGAUCAAAUUGUUUCGAGAUUCGAUUUCCACUUUCAAUUCGUUUGUGUAUGUUGUUGUUGUUGUGUGUGUGUGGCCAGCAAUGACGCGGUGUGUGGCGGCGGCGAUGAUAUGACGAUGUUGUUGAUGACAAAGAUGACAAUAAAAAGUGCAGUGCGUAGUACAAAAGAACCUA